UGUGAUUUUGCGGUGUGCUUUUUGAGGUCAUACACUUUCCAUUGGUGAGCCGUAAUCUGGAAGAUUUCGUCAUUUGUGUCACAUAUUGGAAAUGCGAAAGACUUUGUAAAGCGCCGUGUGAUGUUCUUGUGUCCGUUCAUUAGUCGAUGGUCAUGUUUGGUCAUCAGCCUCUUGGCUACCUUUGUGCUUUGUGAGCGUUGUGCCCAAAAUUCUGCCAUUAGGCACACCGAAUAUGCAGCUAACAUCUACUUUAAGUACUACGAUGGUCAAGGUCAACUGUAUCGCAUUUCAACGGUGCAGAAUGCUGAAUCUCGCUUCCUGCUGCGUGAUCUGCAUCGGAAUCAGAAGUACGCCAUCAUUGUGCCAGGUUGGCGGGAAAAUUGCGAGCAAGAUUGGGUUUUUGACCUCAUUAGGAAUCUAAUUUAUCACCGUGGUGGAACUAUAAUUUGCAUGGACUACAUACUUUACAGCGCAGAUGCCUAUUUCCGUUUAGUCCGCCAUUUUGACGCUAUUGCCGACAUUCUGGCAACAAAGCUUUGCGACCUAGAACUAGUAGGACUUCCUCCGGCUGUUGGUUUCCUUUUCGGCUUCAGCUAUGGCGGGCAGCUCGUUGCAGAGGCAGGAAGAAGAAUUGGACCAGGAAGAAUCAAGGAGAUUGAUAUUUGUGACAUGGCAGGUCCAGGAUUUGAUAGUAAAACCCCACCGAAUCAUUCAUUGGCUGCUGAGAAUGUUCAGUGUAUCCACACGAGCAGGGAUAAGGGUAUCAAGUACAGUACGUGCCAUCAGGAUUGGAAAAUGGGCAAUUGUGGCCUCACACAGGAUGCAGCUGGAAAGCCCCCACUUGGAUCACACGGACUCUGCCCACAUUUCUAUAAUAUUGCCUUCAAGUAUGACUUCCUGGCCAUCCCGAAACCCAUAGCGUGCUCCUCAAAAACUCCCGGAAUCGUUGGAGCUUAUCCAAUAGGCUACAAAAUGGGUUACCUGGAGAAUCGAAAAAGAAGCGUCCGCGGAGAAUUAUUUGCAACAACAACAAAACACUAUCCCUACACAAUAGUUCCUAGGACCGGAAGUCUCCUAUCUGAGCUUCUUUCGCAGUAUCAAAUGUCCUACAAUGUGUCCAUUGCCAUUCAACCGGAAAACAUCCAAAAUGUCGAUGUUUAUUGAGAAACUGUAAAAUGAAAAUUAAAAUAAAGACGAUUUGACGGUUGAUUGAU